GGCGCGAUGCCUGCUCUGAGACAUGGCCAGAAGGGACGGCUUUGCGGCGGGAGGAAGAGCAGUGUGGAGCGACGUCUUCGCUCCGCGGGUCGUCGGUCCCCGAGAGAAGCGAUCUAGAGCCGACGCCGCCACCUCCUCCCCUCCUCCGACUCCCCCUCUCCUGCCCGCUUGCGUCCCUCCAGGGGAUGGGCGGGGGGCGGAGGCGGAGCCUCUGUGCGAUAGCGCCGGUCCCGGCUCCAGGUGUUUCAUCUUAUCAGUUACUGAAUUAUGAAGAUGAAUCAGACGUUUCACUGUAUGGAAGGCGAGGCAACCAUAUUGUGAACGACGUUGGGAUUAAUGUUACUGGAUCAGAUUCAGUUGCAGUAAAAGCUUCAUUUGGUGUAGUAACCAAACAUGAAGUGGAAGUAUCAACAUUACUCAAGGAAAUUACUACGCGAAAAAUUAAUUUUGACCACAGUUUGAUACGUCAGUCAAGGAGCAGCAGAAAGGCAGUAUUGUGUGUGGUCAUGGAAAGCAUCCGAACCACACGACAGUGCUCACUGUCUGUGCACGCUGGAAUUCGUGGGGAAGCCAUGAGGUUUCAUUUUAUGGAUGAACAGAACCCCAAGGGAAGGGACAAAGCUAUUGUUUUUCCAGCACACACAACCAUAGCUUUCAGUGUUUUCGAACUCUUCAUUUACUUGGAUGGUGCCUUUGACCUUUGUGUCACUUCAGUGUCAAAAGGAGGAUUUGAAAUGGAAGAAACGGCAACAUUUGCACUGCUCUACAGAUUGAGAAAUAUACUAUUUGAAAGAAAUAGAAGAGUGAUGGAUGCCAUUUCUCGUUCACAGCUUUACUUAGAUGAUCUUUUUUCUGACUAUUAUGACAAAUCUCUCAGCAUGAGUGAUAUUUCACUCAAAGAAGGGACUCAUAUCCGAGUUAAUUUACUUAAUCACAGUAUUCCAAAAGGACCUUGCAUACUCUGUGGCAUGGGGAACUUUAAAAGGGAGACGGUUUAUGGGUGCUUUCAGUGCUCUGUCGAUGGGCAGAAGUAUGUGAGACUUCAUGCAGUUCCUUGUUUUGAUAUUUGGCACAAGAGAAUGAAAUAA